AUGGUGUGGCCGGGGGGCAGCCUCGUGGACUGGGACCAGCUCCCGACGACGGACAGCGAGAUCGUCAACGCCUGCCGUCGCGACUACCUCCAGCUCGCGUCCUCGAGCGGCAGCACGAAGGGCUCCCCCGCGGACCGCGCCCUGGCCCUCCAGGACAGCCAGGUCCGACUCGCGUGGGCGCAGGUGCACUGCUCGAACUACAGCGACGUGGUGGACGGUGCGGCGCUCGCGGAGGGCCUCAUUUCGAAACCCGACGCCAUCGUCGGUCAGAGCGAUAGGUACCUCCACGAGCUCACUUACAUCGCCGCGGUGGGCCGGUUCCGCACGGGAAGCUACUCCAAGGCGCGGCGGUUGCUCCAAGACGCCGCGCACGGCGGCGCCCGGCAGAUGCUCGCGCUGCUGUCGGAGGUAGAACAGCGCAUGGUGAACGAGGGCCUCAUUGGGAUGGGGGUAGUGAUGGCCGCAGGGGGGGUGUUGGUCGGCGUGGUCGCCGCCGCCGUGGCCGGGGCACGGCGAUGA